GGAAGGGGGAAGUCGAUCUCUGGUUGCGUUGAAUUGAAGUAUACCUACAGAUACAAUAGAAGACAUUGCCCGAGAAGCAAGAAACCAUUGGGAAUCUUGCGUGGCCCUCCUCUGAAUCCCUACCUAUCACUUUCCAUCUCUUUCUUCUGAAACGAAGCACGGAUCUCCCCGCAGACCCUAUGAUUCAAUCCUCGUCCUCUUACUGAAGGAGUUGCCUGCGCCCCUUCAUCCCCCCACCACAGAUUCAUGGAUGUGAAGCUAGGUUACUAAUAUUGAAGAGACCCGUUCGUUCGUUUUUAUUGGAAUCUGCCUACUCGAUCUUCUCCCGCCCCCCCCUGAGCAUUACGUCUAGUCUAGCAUUCGCGGGAUUGACACCAUCGCGAAACUUCCCCUCCUUUGUCCGAAACCCCUUACGCUGGGCGCCGCCACAACAAGAAAGCACCCCAAGAACGCUAGACUAUGAUCCGUCGCAACUCAGACAUUGAGAUUCAGCUGCCCGAUGCAGGUCCGACCAUCGCGACCGACCCUCUGACGGAACCAGACGUGGAAAUGCUGUCGGAUGAACCGACUCUGCCUCUCAGCCUACCGGUUCACCUAGCCGCUCGUUUCUCGCGCAAGUCGAGUGUCGCGCGGCGAUCCUCGGCUGCAUCCUCUCGUCGCAGUUCGAGUUCAUCCCUGCAUUCCCACCAUUCGAACGCGUCUUCCCAUGGCGCGUCCCCUACCGACCAUAUCGCGCAACACCUCCGGCGGACCUCCAUCUUGGAAAGCCGGAAAGCGAGGUUUGCUGACCGUGCCUUGCAUGCCGAGAAGGUGAGGCUGCGCGCUGCCCUCACAAAGGCUGCUACGAAGAAUCUACAGCGGGAGGAGAGAGCAUUGGCGGCCCACCAAGCUCGGGAACGAUUGUUGGCAGAGAUCACUGCCAAAUGCGAGGAGGAAGUCCGUCGGGCGAAGCAGAAAGCCGAAGAUAAUCGGGAGAAAAAGGCGGCGGAGCACGCUCGCCUGCGCCUGGAGAUGGCGGAGAAGUUCGCCGAAGCCGAGAAGAGGCGUGUGCUUUACCACCAGAGCCAUCGGCGUACCCGCACCAGUAGCCUGCCGGCCACCGAGGAGAAGAAGAUGACCAAGGCGGUGACCAGAUCACUCACCCAGGAUGCGGCCGCCAGAACGAUCCAGCGAGUGUGGAGGGCGCACUACGCCAGGAUGGUCAUGGGGCAGUUCCGGGGUCUGGACUUGACGCUGGACCGAAUCCGUGAAAUGUCGUUUGAGGAUGUAGGAGCUCUCCUUUCCGACGAUGGGGUCCUAGCCACCACCGCCCGUGUCCUCCAGCUUUGCGGGUUGCAGGAUAUGGAAAGCGGGACCAUGGGUGGGAGGGGUGCGGUCCGGACAUUCCUCAGCAGUUAUUUGAUUGUCACGCAUCCUACCGAAGUCCUGAGUAGCAAUGGCGAACAGGAGCAGGACCUGAUCGCCAAGGCUCGCGAGUUGCUUGGAGCAUUUGAGCAAGCCAUGCCGUUGCUCUCGUCCGGCCACUGCCAAUCCGUGGCCAUCUCGACCGAGCUCCAGACGCUUGGGGAGGCUUACAAUGUCUUUUUUUCUGCUUUUCAUGCCUGGAAGACUCAUGACUCUAGUGUCUUGGUGGAGAUCAUGUUAGCGCAGUUCGUCGAACUGGAGCUCAUCUGGCAAACGGUCAAAGACGAUCGGGCCGGUGGCGCGGCUGAUGAUUAUUGGCAAGGUAUCCGACAGAACCAGAUCCUGCUUUUGGCCCGGUUGAAACGACUGGCCGGCUCCGACCGUGCAAUGCAAAUGGUCCGGGACGCUCUGAAGAAAGCCAAGCGAGAGAAGAAGCGCAAUGCUUCCAAACGGGCGAUUCCGCGGUCUGCCGAAGUUGCCCCGGCGUCGACCGAAGCACUGACCGAUAGCGUGGCCUCGCCGAUUAGCGAAACGUUCAAUAAUGUGGAUAGUGCUGCGUUGCAAGAGCUGGAUCGACAGCGGAUAUCCCCACAUGAGCGGUUCACCCGUAUACUGACUGCUCUUCCGGAAAACAGAGCGUUGGUCCAUGAGCUUCUCAUCAACAAGGAGUUCAAGAUCGAAGAAACGCAAUACACGGAGCCACGCAAGCAGGUCAUGGCGCAUAUGUGCGAAAUGAUGCGGAGAGACGUAGACGCUGGCAUGGGGACCAACUGGACCGUGGCGAUGGCUACUGUAAUCCAGGAUCGAUUGCUACGCUCACUGCGCCCCGGGAAUUCCCUCUACGUCCUGAUCAGCGAAGUGCUCGAUCCGAAGUUGGUGGAGAGCCAAUGCAGGGCCGGCGCCUUCUCCUACGAAAGUUUCUACGAUUUCAUGAACACCAUCCUCCCGAAACUUUGCGCGCCCUACCGCGAUCCCGUGCUCAAGGAAUUUGCCGAGGAUCAAUCCGGAGACGCGAUCGACCGACUGGCAAGGCUCAUGGGGAUCAUUGACCUUCUGUCGCUGGAUCACACGAACUUCAUGAUCCAGGUCGCGGCGCCCCAACUCAUCCAGGAGGCACCUGGCUACGAACAGAGGACGUUCGAAAAGGGUCUCCAGGAUGGCUCGAUGACCCUGGGGAAGAGCCGACGCUUUUGGCGAACGCAUCGCAAAAUCAUUGUGGACGAGUUGCGCAAACGGGACCCGGAAAACAUCAACGGGGAGCCUCAACCGCCUGCGGCGAAGAUCUACGCGCACGGCCUUGUGGAUCUCGUAUUGAGCAACGCACCGGUGUCUGACGAUCUCAUCCCCGAGACCCUCGAGCUGGAUCGCAUGCGCUUGCGGCAGCUGCACGCGCAGGCAUACCGGAUUGUUGCCACGGCCUCUAUUCUUCUAACCGCCAAGAACCUGCUCAAGAGGGAUGUGCGGUCACACUGGAAGGCCGAGGCUGACCGGAUAUUAUCCCUGGACUUCAACGACGUCCGACCCGAUCGUAUCCAAUCGAUCCUGGAGUCCACCCAUCCGAUGCCACCUAGCGCGAGUGCUCAACUUGCGGCGACCAUCCGGCGAGUUUUAGCGCCCGUUGCCGCGGCUUGUGCCGUGACCGAUCCCUCCACGGCCGCGCAGGUUUCCGUCGAGGUGCCGAGUGAUGGGGCUCGGCAAAAUCCAGCGUCGUCGGAUCCGAGCAGCCAUGCCGGCUCGAGUUCCUUUGCGGGGAACGCUUCCAGCUUCAAUGACCCCGUUGCACGACUCAUCCUGUCCCGUCUGCGCACGCAUGUCCUGUCUCGACUCAACGCGUCGAGUGCCAGCGAACGGGUGCGAGCGACAACCACUGCCAGUCAAAGCUUGGCGGGAGCAGGGAUGCCAGAAUUCGUCAGUGAGGUUGGGAAGCUGACUGAGCAGUUGGAGAAAGUGCGCGAAGUAGACUGGCUCUGCCAUGGCAUGGUGUAUGGGCGGGUGCUGGGUGAUGGAGUUUCCCCGGCAUCUGGUCUGUGAUGUGGCUGGUGGACUCUUAUAGGUACUAAGGGAGGCUUUUUUAAUUACUAUACUAACAUAUAUUAUGUUUGGC